CCGCCCGGGCGCUCGGAGGCCCGGAAGCUCCUGGGGCUGGCGUACCCCGAGCGCCGGAGGCUGGCAGCUGCGGUGGGGUUCCUGGCCGCAUCCAGCGUCAUCACCAUGUCGGCCCCUUUCUUCCUGGGGAAGGUCAUCGACGUCAUCUACACGGACCCCACGGCGGAUUUCGACAGCGACCUGGCCCGCCUCUGCCUCCCGCUCAGCGGCCUCUUCCUGUGCGGCGCUGCUGCCAACGCGGUCCGCGUCUACCUCAUGCAAACGUCCGGCCAGCGCAUCGUGAACCGGCUGCGCGUCUCGCUGUUCACCGCCAUGCUGAAGCAGGAGGUCGCCUUCUUCGACAAGACGCACACGGGGGAGCUGGUCAACCGCCUGUCGGCAGACACCGUGCUGCUGGGGCGCUCGGUGACUGAGAACCUGUCGGACGGGCUCAGGGCUGUGGCCCAGGCCUCCGUGGGCUCCGGCAUGAUGUUUUUCGUCUCGCCUCAUCUGGCCGCUUUCGUCUUAAGCGUGGUGCCUCCGGUGUCCAUCCUGGCCGUGCUGUACGGGCGGUACCUGCGGAAGCUGAGCAAACGCACUCAGGACUCCCUGGCACAGGCCACUCAGCUAGCCGAGGAACGCAUCGGAAAUAUCCGAACCGUCCGCGCUUUUGGGAAAGAAAUGGCCGAAGUGGAGACGUACACCCGCAAGGUGGACGACGUGAUGCAGUUAGCGAGGAGAGCGGCGUUUGCCCAGGCUGGCUUCUUUGGAGUGGUGAGCACGUCCUUCUGGAAAGGGCGAAAAGGGCAGGUGUUCUCUGUGGCCGGGCCGGCGAUCGGCUUCCUCGGGGACCUGGCGGUCGGCUUCCCCGGGGACCUGGUGGUCAGCUUCCCUGGGGACCUGGCAGUCGGCUUCCCCGGGGACCUGCUGGUCGGCUUCCCCGGGGACCUGGCGAACCAGCCCCGCAAGGUCGCUGCUGGUGACGGCAGGGCCAGCGAGCGGCAGAACCAGGCGGCCACAGAAGUGGGUGGCCGCUGCGUGUUGGUGCGGGCGGACACCUCGGGGCUUGCCCCCUCCCGUUUCGAGUAUACUUUCCAUCUUCAGAGCGGAGUCCAGAACUUGCCCACGGGUCCUUACUCAGGCCCCGCGGCGAUCGGUGACCCUUUCUUUUCCUCUCCACAAGGAACCAUCAGACUCGAUGGCCACGACAUCCGCCAGCUGAACCCCGUCUGGCUGAGAUCCAAGAUUGGGACCGUGAGUCAGGAACCAAUUCUGUUUUCUUGCUCCAUCGCCGAGAACAUCGCUUAUGGCGCAGACGACCCGUCCUUGGUGACCGCCGAGCAGGUGGAGAGAGUGGCCGACGUGGCCAACGCCACCGCAUUCAUCCGCAGCUUCCCGCAAGGGUUCAGCACCGUGGUUGGCGAGAAGGGCGUCCUCCUGUCAGGUGGCCAGAAGCAGCGGAUCGCGGUGGCCCGCGCUUUGCUUAAGAACCCCAAAAUUCUUCUCCUGGAUGAAGCGACCAGCGCCCUGGACGCCGAGAACGAGCACCUCGUGCAAGAAGCGCUGGACCGGCUCAUGGAGGGGAGGACGGUGCUCAUCAUCGCCCACCGUCUGUCCACCAUCAAGAACGCCGACGUGGUGGCCGUGCUCGACCAGGGCAGGAUCACGGAAUACGGGAAGCACGAGGACCUGCUCUCGAAUCCCGACGGGAUGUACAGAAAAUUAAUGAACAAACAAAGCACUUCCUGGUAAAUCGAAUGGGACAGACUUUCAAGCAAAACUGCAUCGCAGGGGGGAAACCCUUACGGAUGGUGUGGAAGCCAUAACUCGCACUUCAAGUUAUUCGAAAUUUGCCUAUUUUUCCCAAAGUGUAGAAAAUGUUGUUUUGAGAUGUACCUGUUCUGAAGAUCUUCUUAUUCAGAGUUUUAAUCAUUGUAACUUUCUUAAAGUCUAUCGCACUGAAGUUAUUUUCAGGUUUUAUACUUUUUUUUCAUCUUGGAAUAUUUGAAUUAAUAGAGUAUGACACCUCAUUUUUUUACCUGCUGUUGUGGAUUGAAGCUAUCGUCGAAUGACACCUUUUAAAAGGGAAUUGUAAAUAAAAAGCCUAAUUAUUUUAGGCCAGUUUGCCAGUCACUGUGUAAUCCUCUCAGUGGGAGUCUGCCCACCUUGGGUGCAAUGUCGCCAGGUAGCGUGACAGGAGACAAGCACCUAAGCCUUUACGUAACCCCGAAAGCCUUGCGAGAGGAGCUCGACUGCUGUCCACACGGAAGUAGUUGAUGGCACCUGGCGCGAGGGGCACGCGCAUUCUCCUCAGAGGCGUGGCAGCGUAGGGGCGUGUGUCCCUCUGGGAUGACACCGUUUGGAUGUGUGUCGUCUCCAACAUUUCGGGCACAGGGGAGCCCGCUGAGUUUUAAAAAGGGAAGAAGCCCCAGCCUUUGAUGAGGGAAACGUCUAUUUUCAUUAUUCACAUAUUUCUUUCUAUGAGAACUGGCAGAAGCGAGGUGUGAACUGCCAGGUAGUAGCAGGAAAGAUGUAAAAAUGAAUUUCACAUUCUGUUGUCUGACGGCGUGUAUUUUGGAAAUUAUAUUUUAAAAAUUUAUAUUCCCUAACCUGAAUUGUAUGGCUUGUUAUUUAAAUACUUUAAAAAUUUCAUUCAAUGAGGCUAACAUCCAAAUAAUACAAUUGUAAUUUUCAACCUUAAAACAUUUGAAGAAAGUUUAGAAGUUCUUGCUAUUCUAUAGAAUAUCAAGAAAACUUAAAAACUCUUCUGAAAAGAGAACAAUAACGCUUUUUCUUUUAUUUGUGAUCACCUAAAUGUCUGAAGUUCCGACAGCAGUGUUGUCAGCCAUUGGAUUUACCAUGUUUCACCUCAGUGCCGUUAAUCUGCUGUUAGCUCGGGAAAGAGCUUCGUCCGGAUGGGAGCUGUCAGCCCGAGGAGCAGCCGUGUCCACACAGUUAAAAUGGAGGUUUCCUCCUGGGCCAAGUGUCUCUUUAGGUCCCCGGUUACUUACACGGGAAGAAGGAGCCACAAAUGGAGUAUUACAUUUCAUUCUGCAUAAGGGAAUGUAUUGACGAAUAGAAUAAUUCAGUGACUACAGAAACUAAGUGUUCUCUGAACGAGUAACCAGUGCCUCUGUGACCCUCAUUUUGACAGCUUUACUUGUACUUAAACCGCGUUGAGCGGUGUUUUCCCCGGAAGCAGACCGGGCGUGAGGUCUGAGGGAGGUCUCCGCGCCGCAGAAGCAUUUUCAAAAUGAAAUUUGACUGUCGUGUUUUGUUUUCUAAUACAAGAUGUUCGAUGUGUCUUUAGGUAACAUUUAUGUCACGGAUUAAAUUUAUAGUGAGCUUUA